AAAACAGCGAAUUUGUGACAGCCCAAUUACCAAAGCUUCAAAACUCAAAAGUCAAAACCACACUGUCACUAUUGAUGUCUAUUGCUCCUCAAUUUACGAUUAUACCCACGGUUCAACAACAACCAUAAAUCUCACGAAGGGUGUUUUCGGAACUUUAUAAAUACAAGAAACCCCAAAGGCGAAAUAUCAUCCACCCACCACAAAGUCUUCAUCGCAUCUAAGAUCUUUCCCGGCAAACCUCGUGUUCUUUGUCUCAAAUCCCUCUCCACAAGAACCUAUAAAUCAUCAUCUGUUCAUAUAUAAGAUCCCCCUUUUCAAAAUUUCACCGCUUUUUGUUCAAUCCCUUUUCACGAUUUCCACCGAUCUAGAUCCUGUCUUAUUCUCAAUUCAGUUUUCUGCUGUAGAUUUGGAGCAUUAGUGAUACCCCACACCCCAAAAGUAAAAGGAUUAUAUGGCAGAGCAUGUGUUGGAGGGUAGCCAACCAGUUGAUCUAACCAAGCAUCCAUCUGGAAUCGUUCCUACUCUUCAAAACAUCGUGUCUACUGUGAAUCUUGAUUGCAAGCUAGACCUGAAGGCAAUUGCACUACAAGCUCGUAAUGCUGAAUAUAAUCCAAAGCGUUUUGCUGCUGUAAUUAUGAGGAUAAGAGAACCAAAAACAACAGCCUUAAUCUUUGCUUCUGGAAAAAUGGUAUGUACAGGAGCCAAGAGUGAACAACAGUCAAAAUUGGCAGCACGGAAGUAUGCAAGAAUUAUUCAGAAACUUGGGUUUCCAGCCAAAUUUAAGGAUUUCAAAAUUCAAAACAUUGUGGGGUCAUGUGAUGUAAAAUUUCCCAUUAGACUUGAAGGCCUUGCAUACUCUCAUGGUGCCUUUUCAAGUUAUGAACCGGAGUUAUUGUUCUUACAGGAGCUAAGGUUAGAGAUGAGACUUAUACCGCAUUUGAGAACAUAUAUCCUGUGCUUACAGAAUUCAGAAAGAAUCAGCAGUGAUUCUUGAUUUUGGAUGAAAUGGUUUUUUAUGGGGAUGGAGUUGACUUUAAGGUUUGACCUGCCAUGGGACUUUUACUUGUAUAAGGAAGGGCAAGUGUAAAUAGUUGGAAAUGGAAAUGGAAAUGGGAAUGGAAUGGAAGGGAUUAAGUGAAGGCAAAUGUGCCCACUUUUUUUUUUUUUUUUUUUAAUUUUUUUGGAAUUCAGAAACUUAUUUAUAAAAAUAAGACAAAACUGCAAAAAUGG